AUGCCGAUCACACGUGUUCACGCUCGAGCCAUCUACGACUCACGCGGCAAUCCGACCGUCGAGGUGGAUCUGCACACUGAAAAAGGGAUCUUCCGGGCGGCGGUACCGAGUGGCGCAUCGACAGGUGUGCAUGAGGCGUUGGAGCUGCGCGACCAGGACAAGGCCGUACACCAUGGCAAAGGUGUGCUGCAGGCCGUCAAGAAUGUCAACGAACAGAUCGGACCUGCACUUGUCGCUAAAAAAAUCUGCCCCACACAGCAGCGUGAAAUCGAUCAGUUUAUGUUGCAACUCGAUGGAACCGAAAACAAGGGGAAGCUGGGAGCAAAUGCAAUUUUGGGCGUUUCGUUGGCGGUAUGCAAAGCUGGCGCAGUGCAUAAAGGCAUGCCUUUGUACAAGUAUAUCGCUGAGUUAGCUGGCACCAAACAGGUUGUCCUGCCCGUCCCGGCAAUGAACGUCAUCAACGGCGGGUCGCAUGCCGGCAACAAACUCGCCAUGCAGGAAUUCAUGAUCAUGCCUAUUGGCGCGAAAUCGUUCAGCGAAUCAAUGCGUAUGGGUUCCGAGAUAUAUCACCAUUUAAAAGCGGAAAUUAAAAAGCGAUACGGACUUGAUGCGACAGCAGUUGGAGAUGAAGGUGGCUUUGCUCCAAACAUCCAGGACAAUAAGGAAGGUCUGGACCUACUGAAUACAGCCAUUGCAACUGCCGGUUACACUGGACGAGUUUCAAUUGCGAUGGAUUGCGCUGCAUCAGAAUAUUACAAGGAAGCAGAUAAGCUGUAUGACUUGGACUUCAAAAAUCCCAACUCUGACAAAAGUCAGUGGAAGACUGGCGAUCAGAUGAUGGAAAUUUACCAAUCGUUCAUUCAGCAAUAUCCGGUGGUAUCCAUCGAGGACUGGUUUGACCAGGAUGAUUGGGACAACUGGACAAAGGCGCUUGCAAAUACGCACAUACAAAUCGUUGGUGAUGAUUUGACUGUCACAAACCCGAAAAGAAUUCAGAUGGCCGCCGAAAAAAAGGCUUGCAAUUGCCUGUUACUUAAGGUGAAUCAAAUUGGCUCGGUAACUGAGUCAAUUGAUGCGGCAAAUUUGGCGCGCAAAAACGGCUGGGGUGUUAUGGUGUCGCAUCGGUCUGGUGAAACCGAAGAUACGUUCAUCGCUGAUCUCGUCGUCGGCCUUGCCACUGGACAGAUAAAAACUGGAGCUCCGUGCCGUUCGGAGCGCCUCGCCAAAUACAAUCAGAUACUUCGUAUUGAGGAAGAGCUCGGAUCGGCAGCAGUUUAUGCCGGUGAGAAAUUCCGAAACCCGCAGGCAUAA